AUGUCCAGCCAGCCUCUUCUCCAGACUGCCCCAGGCAAGCGUAUCGCUCUCCCGACGCGCGUCGAGCCCAAGGUAUUCUUCGCCAACGAGCGCACGUUCCUGUCAUGGAUGAACUUCACCGUCAUCCUCGGCGCCCUCGCCAUCGGCAUGCUCAACUUUGGUGACCGUCCGGCGUUCAUUUCCGCCUUUUUGUUCACGGGUGUUGCCCUCGUGACCAUGCUGUAUGCGCUCUUCACCUACCACUGGCGUGCCAAGUCGAUACGGCGGCGUGGCCAGGCCGGUUUCGACGACCGCUUCGGUCCCACGUUCCUGGCCGUCAUCCUGGUGCUGGCCAUUGUUGUCAACUUUGUCCUGCGCAUCGUCUACUCCUCGACUGGCGGCAACCCAUAG